AUGACAAACAGGGAGAGGCCCUCCCCUCCAGCAGUUCUUGCUUGUACGUGUUCAAGUGCUGUCGCGGUCACAUUAAAAGAUACAAAAAUGUCGAAAAUUAAGGCUGGACCUGUUGUUGAUGUACUUGGGGAUGAAAUGACAAGAAUUAUUUGGGAUCUUAUCAAGGAUAAAUUAAUCUUGCCAUUUUUAGAUAUUGAAUUGCACACUUAUGACCUAGGGAUAGAAUAUCGUGAUAAGACUGAAGACCAGGUGCUGGUGUUGCUCUUGGAAAUUUACGAUAAAGAAUAUAAAACACAGUUUGAAGCUGCUGGUAUUUGGUAUGAACAUAGGCUUAUUGAUGAUAUGGUUGCUUAUGCUAUGAAAUCAGAAGGUGGAUUUGUCUGGGCUUGCAAAAAUUAUGAUGGAGAUGUACAGUCAGACUCUGUGGCUCAGGGUUAUGGUUCUUUAGGGCUAAUGACAUCUGUUUUAAUUUGCCCUGAUGGCAAAACUGUUGAGGCGGAAGCAGCUCAUGGCACAGUAACCAGACAUUAUCGCUUCUAUCAGCAAGGAAAGGAAACAUCCACCAAUCCGAUUGCUUCUAUAUUUGCUUGGACUAGAGGGCUUUUGCAUCGUGCUAAGCUAGACAAUAAUGAUGAACUGAAGAAGUUUGCUGAAACUUUAGAAAGUGUGUGCAUUAAUACUAUUGAAUCUGGAAUCAUGACAAAGGACCUUGCCAUCUGCAUCAAGGGCAUGAAUAAUGUGAAAAGAUCAGAUUAUUGUGAAACUUUUGAGUUUAUGGACAAAUUAGCAGAAAACUUAAAGAAAAGUUUGGGCAAA